AUGAAAGAAGUCAUUUGUACGCCCCUUUUCCAGGACAUCAUGUCGGAUCUAUCGAUUGUCCGUCAGCUGCUACUCUCAAAUAAGCUAAUUGUGGAACUAGUUGAUUCAAACCCAGAGCUUCUCGAUUUCCUGAACGAUGAUUCCCACCUCCAAGAUCUCAUCAAUGUCUUAUCAAACACCGAAAACUAUCCAGAUCUCGCCCAUCUUCGGCGAAUGGUCGUCCAGAAAAUCGAACAGGUCCUCGGUAACAGACUCCAAUUCACCCCAGUCAAGGAGGAAUUGAACGCUCCGGCCGCUGAUUCGUCUGUUGAAUCGACUGCUCCCAAUCCCUUCAACCAAGCCGAGAAGGGAGAGCGUCGCUGUCGUGAAGACCAUAUCACGUUGCUGUGCCAAAUCAUUGCGCAUCGACCUGAUAUCGUCAAAACAGUGAGCGAAUAUGUGUGUUGUGAGACGUAG